GCACGUUAACGAUCGGCUGUAUCGUGUACAGUCGGUGUAUCGUGUACAGUCGGUGUAUGAAGACCUGCUCUGCUCUGGCACUGUCUCUUUAAGACAUCCGCGUCUCUCUGCUGCGCUUUAGUCCGGAUUCGAAAAGAUAGCGGUCCUGAUGACUUCACGCCCCCUCGGCUUUUUCCUCCCUCCUCUGCGCAUAAACGUGCGCUGCCCCACUUUUAACGGACCAGUUGAUUUCUGCAGCCGAGUGAGACACGGUGGUUCACGGACGCUCAGGAGGCGACGGGAGGCAGAACCUCCCUGUUUUCCGACCACAUUCUCUCCAUCUUUGUCUUUUUUUUUGUGUUAACGGAUCCAGACGGGAACCGUCGGUUCUUAUGAGGCGGUAUAGAGCGGUUGCUUAUAUAAGGCGAGUAACGGUUUUGGGAUGAGACUGCGCGGCUGCGUAGCGGUGGUGGCGGCACAUUGAGUACAUGUGUUGCCCUGUUGGAGGACUGCGGCGGCUGCGUCGGCAACGGAAGCUACAGCGGCACCGCCGGUUGAAUCCGCCGGCUCCGUGUUAGAUGUCCACCCGGGUUUUAAGUUAAUUUAUUCCACUAUAGAAGUCUCUCCUGCGCAGCCGCGACCAGCGCCGGACUCAUCACUAUUGUGCGCUCUUGGCUGAACUUAGCUAGGCGGCUAGCGGGGAUGUGCGCGGGGGAAUGGUGAUGAUGGAGACGGAAAACCCUCUACAGUCACACCAUUUUACACACAAACACACACGGGCGACAAUGACUCGGAUUAACAGUCGAAGCUCCAUUUAGUAAUUAGUUUGUCUGGUUAUCGGGUCCAACGGUUACAGCAGGACGGACAGCCGGUGUUGGUCAGAGACGCACGGUGGGCCCCGGCUGUUAUUUUUAUCAAAUUAUUGACACAAAGGAUGGAGCAUUUUCUCAAUUUAGAGAAGAAUAAAUAGCCUUCAGCGAGUGUAAGCUGGUUAGAUAAGCUAAUUUCGACCGUUUAAAUGUGCGCAAGCCUUAGCGGGCGGACGGAUUAGACGCACAGGCAGUUCCCUACUCCUCCCUGCCUUCCCCCCUCUCUCUCUCUCUCUUCGAGUUUAUUAUUAUUAUUAUUAUUGUUAUUUUUUUCCCCACGGGUUUCUCUCACGAUGGGCAGUCACGCCGGGGAUGUGGCUGUGGAGCCCAUGCCUGGAUACCUGGACCUGAUCAGCAGCGCCUCCUCGUCCAUCCUGGGAGCGUGGAGAGACUGUAGCGCCUGCGGUCUGGAGCUCUCCAGACAGACUCUGCUGGAUAAUGCCUACAUCACAUGGACCGAGAUCGGCCUCUUCAUUUUCUGCGCCUACCUGUGCACACAGAUCAGACACAAGCUGACGGAGAGUGUCUUCAAGCCUUUAGCCCAGAGGUGUAGGCUGCUGCCCAAAGAUGCGGCCAAGAUGCCAGAGAGCGCAUGGAAGCUGGGCUUCUACACCAUGUCCUGGUCCUACACCAGCUACCUGCUCUUCUUCAGCUCCUACUCCUUCUUCAGCAACCCGCCCUCUGUCUUCUACAGUAAGACCGUGCUCCUCUGUAUCCCCGCAGACUGCGCCUACCUGAUCCAGGGCAGUUUCUACGGCCACUCCAUCUACGCCACGCUGUACAUGGACGCGUGGCGAAAGGACUCGGCCGUCAUGGUGGUUCACCACAUCAUCACGCUGGCCCUCAUCAGCUUCUCCUACGCCUUCAGAUACCACAACGUAGGAAUCCUGGUCUUGUUCCUCCACGACAUCAACGACAUCCAGCUGGAGUUCACCAAGCUCAACAUCUACCUGAAGAACCGCGGCGGAGGCUACCANNNAGCUUCAGCAUCACCUGGUCAGACACCAAUUCUGCCUCGUCGUUUUUGUUGGUUCUGGUUCCGUCUCUACUGGUUCCCUCUCAAAGUACUGUACGCCACGUGUGUGUCGGGCCUCCAGUCCGUUCCCACCCUGCCCUUCUACUUCUUCUUCAACACGCUCCUCUUCGCCCUGCUGCUCAUGAACAUCUACUGGUUCUUGUUCAUCGUUGUUUUCGUGGUGAAGGUGCUGAAGAUGAAGGAGGUGAACGACGUCAGGGAGUACGAGGAGGAGGACGACGGCAGGGCGGCGGCGGCGGCGGCGGGCCUCCACGCGGACCCAAAGAUGGUGAAGGACAACGGCGACGGUGAUGCUGGACAUCACAGCGGACAGGGAAAACAUGUACAGAACGGGGUCACCAAAGAGAAGCAUCUAUGAGGAGCUCUCUGUUGCCACCCACUGGCACUAGGCUGCAAGUACAAGAAAGAAGUUGAAAGAGAUUUUUUUUUUGUUUGUUUGUUUUGUCUGAACUUCAUCACUGUCAUUUCAAGUUUGGACUUUUUUUUUUGUUUUUUUUUGUUUUGUUUUUUUAGAGCCCUGCAUCCAGGCUCAUGUUCUUUCAGGUGAUCUUGUUGUUGACCACACUGUCAGUAGUAGCGGAGCAGCCGCUGGAGUGAGCGUUGGGCUGCGGUUGUUUACAGAGUGUGAUCGUGAAGGUGAAGGUCCAGGCUCUGGACUCAGAUACAGUUCACCUCCGGCUGGUUCUGGUUCUGGUUCUGGUUCUGUUGGGCUGGAGUAUGCAGGGAUUUUCUACAGAAAAGAAAGAAACGUACAAACGUUUGUACAGAUGUUGGCGUGUUCUUCUGCACCAUGUCUCCGUAGGGGUUUUCCCAUUUUAUUUUUUUUUGCAAAUAGCCAGCAUGUGUUUUGGUGGCAGAUUGCAGUAAUGCAACUCAGAGGAUGAACAAGCUGUGGUGUGGGGGAGAGUCAGGAUCAGCUCAGAGGGAGGAGGGGGGGGAACUCAAAAAAGGUCCAGUUAUUGAUGAUACAUAAAACCAUUGUUUUAUAUAGAAUAUAUAUUUGGAUAAUUUAAGUCAAGAUUGUUUUUAAUUUGAGCUUUUAUGUAUUUUAAACCUUUUUUUUUUACAAAUUUGCUGCUAAUUUGUUGAACAGCUCCUCAAAUCUAAGCCAACCUUCGGCCUGAGACGUGACUGUGAAGAGAAACAUUUUCAAAACAUUCAAAAGCAAAAAUAACUCUGUAUAAAAGCUUUGACCAGGUUUAGAUUCAUGGAAGACACAAACUAGCGCCCCCUGUAGACUAAAAAAGGUACUUGCUUCUUGCUCCAAGUCAAAAUUCCUGCAUACUCAUCCUUUAACAAAUCCCUUUUACCACUUCUCACCUCCACACCUCCUCCCUUUUCUGUGGGAGGAGAGGAGACGAAGAUCGAUGGAGUGCGAGGGGUAACAGGAUUACAGAACUGUUUUUACAACAGCGGCGGCGGCGGUGAUGAUGUCACAGAGCCUGUCUGCUGCUGUUACACCACAUGUAUUGAUUUUCAGCUUUGAUCCAUUAGCUUAAAUGGAAAAGCCACACUGGUCUGUGCAGGUGUGUGUGUGUGUGUGUGUGUGGUGACCACCCACAUUUCACCUGUCAGUUUCGUCUCUCGUGCUGUCGAGCCGCAAACGUUGUUGGAAAUGU